GCCGUCGUCGACGAAGGGGAAGGACGCACCGUUGGGAAGACCGUCGACUUGCUCGAUCGCUGACAGGCAACAUGAACCGCGGAAGUUUGAUCUACUUGUUCACGUUCCUGCUUUUGGCAGUUCUCGCCAACGGCCAGUUCUACGCCGACGACGACGGCAUCCCAGGAUUCCCAGGGCUGUUCCCAGGGAAAGGGGGCGACCUAUUUCCCGACCGAAACCCGACAGGUGGUCUUCCCGACCGACUACCGACAGGGGGCCUGUUUCCCGACCGACGCCCGGCAGAAGGUCUCCCCGACCAACUCCCGACAGGAGGCGUGUUUCCCGACCGACGCCCGGCAGGAGGUCUUCCCGGCCGACUCCCAGCCGGAGGCGUGUUUCCCGACCGACGCCCGGCAGGAGGUCUUCCCGGAGCGUACCCUGGAGGCCCUGACCGCUACCCCGAAGGAUCGCCCGGCCGCUUUCCCGGUGGACUACCCGGAGGAACCAGCCCCACAACGUGCAGAAACCACAUUUGUCCUAUUGGAACCCGGUGUGUAUCCGCAAGAAUUCAGUGUGUGCGAGCUCCGUGCGAACCUAUUACAACCUGUGUUUCCUAAUCCACAACCUGAGCAUGGAACUGCAAGCCUGCAUUUAUUUUGUUUGAAAAAUAAAGGCAAAUGCUCAUGUG